GGGCGCAAUUUGAAGUCCUGCCUAGUCUGGAGUCAGCUGAAGGAGGUUCAACGAAGACAAUUUCCUGAUGAAGGGCUUUUGAACUGGAUCUACGUAAGUCAGGGCUGCUGGAGCAGGACAUUACAGGCGAGCGCCGCGCGUGGCAGUGUUGCAACACCGAUUGAUAUUUAUGUAACGAUGUCAAAUUGCGAUGCUUGGUCUUGGCCGUGCCUGGCUGCAAAUGUAGGGCGCUAUUUUAAGGACACGAACCCGGCAGUUGUUCCACGUCCUGUUCUACGCCUCGCUCCGCAAUGGCCGCUUUCAUUCUGAAAAGAAGCCUCUUCUACCUCUGCCUGCUAUCCGUUCGUGAAGGAUUCGCGCGGGAGCUCAGCUUCGCGACACCAGCUCGGGAUUCGAGCCAGCUGUUUGGCACCUCAAGCGUCAAGUGCCAACAAGAUUACGAUUGGGCGAAUAAUUCGUUGGGUCAAAGUCCAUGUUCAGUAGCUGCGUGGCUCAUGGGAGCCUGCGAGGGGUGGGGGACUAUGGACUAUCUUUCCCCAGAGUGUGAACCUUACAACUCGCCCAUGGACAAUACUGGGCUACCUACAAGCCAAUGUGUUUGUUCAUCCGUUGUCUACAAUGUGAUUGCUGCGUGCGCCGGUUGUCAAGGAGAACCUUAUGUCACAUUCACAAAUUAUACCGCUAAUUGUUCCACUUCUUACAUUACGGAUGGAGAGUGAGCAAGCUAGACAUUGUUCCUAGCGGGAACACCUUCAAAUCUUUUCCUUCGUACUAGCUUCCCCGUUUCAAUUCCUAGCGACACUCGCAUUCCGGCUUGGGC